AUGCAGGUACAAUCCCUGCAAGCCACAUUUGGGACUUUUGAGUCCAUCUUGAGAAGCUCUCAACAUAAACAAGAUCUCACAGAGAAGACUGUGAAGCAAGGAGAGAGUGAGAUCAACCGGAUCAGUGAAGUUCUGCAGAAACUCCAGAAUGAGAUUCUCAAAGACCUCUCGGAUGGGAUCCACGUGGUGAAGGAUGCCCGGGAGCGGGACUUCACGUCCCUGGAGAACACAGUGGAGGAAAGGCUGACGGAGCUCACCAAGUCUAUCAAUGACAACAUUGCCAUUUUCACCGAAGUCCAGAAGAGGAGCCAGAAGGAAAUAAACGAUGUGAAGGCUAAGGUCGCCUCUCUGGAAGAAUCCAAGGGGUACAAGCAGGAUAUGAAAGCCUUGGAGGAAGUUGUGAAGGAACUACAAACUUCUGCCAAGUCCAGAGAGAGGGAUAUUGAGGCCCUGAGAAGCACCCUCCAGACCAUGGAGUCCGACGUCUACACAGAGGUCCGGGAGCUGGUGAACCUCAAGCAGGAGCAGCAGGCAUUUAAGGAAGCGGCCGACACGGAGCGUCUUGCCCUGCAGGCCCUCACCGAGAAGCUUCUCCAGGCCGAGGAGUCCACCUCCCGCCUACCUGGGGAGAUCAGCAGACUUGAGGACGAGCUACGCCAGCUGAAGGCCGAUUCCCACAGGCUGGGGGAGGACGGAGUCUUCAAACACUCCACCGCCUUAGAAGCACUCCAGGAAAAGAGUCAGGGAUUGGAUUCCAGACUCCAAAAUGUAGAGGAUGGAGUCCAUUUUGUGCAGGAGGCUUCUGCACGCCAGACCGAGAGCUUGGAAUCCCUCCUGUCCAAGAGCCAGGAGUAUGAGCAGCGCCUGGCUGCCUUGCAGGGGCGUCUGGAAAGCCUGGGGUCCCCCUUGGAGGCAGACAAAGAUGGCCUGGCCAGCACGGUGCAGAGCCUGGGGGAGGCCCAGCUGGCGCUCUAUAGCGACGUGGAGGAGCUAAAGAGAAGCAUGGGUGAGCUCCCCAGCACUGUGGAGUCGCUCCAGAAGGUGCAGGAGCAGGUGCGCACACUGCUCAGUCAGGACCAGGCCCACGCCCCUCAUCUGCCUCAGGACUUCCUGGACAGACUUUCUUCUCUAGACAACCUGAAAUCCUCAGUAAGCCAAGUGGAAUCGGACUUGAAAAUGCUCAGGACUGCCGUGGACAGUUUGGUUGCAUACUCGGUCAAAAUAGAAACCAAUGAGAACAACCUGGAAUCAGCCAAGGGUUUGCUAGAUGACCUGAGAAAUGAUCUGGAUAGGUUGUUUGUGAAAGUUGAAAAGAUUCAUGAAAAGGUCUAAAUGAAUUGUGUGUGUAGGGUGCAGAUUUAAGGUCCAAUUUCUCAUGACCAAAAAAAUGUAUUGUUUUCUCCCAUGUGACCCCCCUAUUUCUAGUCCCCUCUUAAAUAGCAGUUGAUGCCACCUGAACACCAAGGCAUUGUGUUUUUGUGCCCAGUUAAUUUAUUUACAAUUAUUACCACACCGUUGGUUUGUUAAGUCCUCUGCUUCUGCUUUUUUGGUUUCCUGAAGGCCCAGCCCCUUUGAAUAAGAGAUGGCUUUUAGAAGAGAUGUCUGUAGUGUCAGAGAAAAAUGAUAAUGGCUUCAACUGAGGAUUAACAGAAGCAGAUUAACCUCAAAAAACCCUGCCUGGCUGGCAGAUUUCAAGUAAAGUGGGGGGAGGGGCACUUUUCUUUCUCAUUGUCAUUAAGGAAAAUUAAUUUUACUUCUUUUUUAUGCUUCUGGCCGAAGUCUUCAUGAGAUAUCUCUCACUUGUCUUCCACUUUAAACUGGUUACACCUCGUAGAUGCCAGCUCUGAAUCAGGAGGGAGAAAAGCCCCUCAGUCUUUGUUUUAAAAGGAUCAGCUACUUGACUGUCUCUGGUGGUCUGCUGUGGUGUGAGUGUCUUUUCCAUUCCAGAAUCAUCUAGUGUGAUAUCAAAGGUAACUAUGCAAAGAAUCCAGAUGGUUCUGAAUGUGAAAGCACAACAACCAACAGAGUCCCCUUGUGCCCUCCAGUCCCCAGUGGCUGCAGGCCUGUCACCAAAUAAUGAGUAGGUUUAGAAUCCCAGAAAGGGGAGUCACUGGGUCUCCAAGAAAUGUGCGGUGCGAGCUGUCCACAGAGGAAUGGGGUGUCUCCCUGGGAAUGCAGGCCAAUUCCUUCUGUUUGAACACAAUGGCCAUGAAGGGGCUUGCUGUCAGAGCCGACCCCAUCUGUCAGUGAGGGGCGUGUGCACUGCAUUUCUGUCAUUGUUUGCUGUGUCCCUUUCCCUUUGAGCUGUAUUGUUCUUUAAUGGCUGUCUUGCCCUUCAAAAAAUAAAAAAAAUUAAAAAUAAAUAAAAAAUUUUAAAAACCCCAAAAAGUAAAAGAAAAAAGAGGUUUGUUUAGUUUACUGUGAAAUGAACUGUAUGGCUUAUUUACAGUAUUUUUAAUUCUUAAUAAACAUCUGAGCUUUGUUAUGA